GUCGCUUGCAUCGGUGCGGGAAGUUCAAGUUAGGUUAGGCGAAACAAUCUAUCAUUCGUCAAUUAUUGUGAGGUUACUGAAGAUACAUUUUUCGGUAAUACGCGAGAGAUUCACCAUUUUCCUCCACUCAAAUCGUUUAAAUGAACUUUCUGCAUAUUAAAUAUGUUAUUUCAACGAUUCUACUCGAUUCUGUCAGCUGCACGACCGGCACGAAAUAUCACGACAAACUUGACCACCCGAUUUAUUUGGCGGAAUAACAGACUUCAACAGUGCCUGUCGAGAGAGAACAAUGACGAUUCGGCGGACGUUAAACUCUCCAACCCGAAUAUUUCAUCAGAAGACACGAAGAGGUUCGACGACGGAGGUUAUACGUUGGAGGUUGCUCAUAGUUCCAAUGAUAACGUGGUAAAUGCCGCUUUACCUUCUCGCAUUCAGCCAAUUACCAUCGCUCCGUGCGAUAACUUCCUCGACGACGACGACGACAUAACGUUACCGAAGCCUCUAGACGUGUGUACCGAGGAUUUGUCCGACAUCGGUCCGUAUCUCACGCCUACUUUUACGUUCGCCAAGUAUGCGAACAAGUCAAAGACGAUUCAGAAGCUGGUGAAACUCGGGGUGGAGCUGUACAAACUGGAGUCCGAGGAGGGAAUGAUAAAUUAUAUCCUGGGCCUUGACUUUGAGCGCGACAUGAAGCCGUAUAUCAUGUUUCUGUCCGACUGUGGCGUACCGGCCGAUCAGCUAGGUCACUUCAUCACCAAGAAUCCCCACAUCUUCAAGGAGGAUAUGGACGAUCUUCACACGAGAAUAAGAUACUUAAGGGCGCAUGAAUUCAGCAUAGAUAUGAUAAAGACCAUCAUAUGCAAGAAUCCCAGGUGGUUGCUGCAUAGCACUAAGGACAUUGAUGGCAGGUUCGGUUAUUUCCAGACAAACUUUCACCUCAAUGGCAAUCAAGUCAGGAUCCUCGCAGUCAAGGGGCCUAAAGUAAUAACAUACAAGAUGUUGCACAUAAUAGCUAACACGUUCAGCAUCAGGGAAGAGAUGCAAUUCAAUCGUAUACAGGUCAAACAGUUGCUCCUUAGGAUGCCCAAAUUAUGGACGAAAAAUCGCGAGAAUCUGAUGAGAACAUUCGAGUACGCUCAUGACGAAAUGAUGCUGCCGCUUGAUUUCAUCGUGCAAUCGCCGCACAUCUUGCUCUGUCGUAAAGCCAGACUCCAACAGAGGCACAUGUUCUUGGUGGAACUGAAAAAGGCGCAGUACGAUCCUACCAAACCAUUGUAUGUUUCACUACGAGCCUUGGUUGAAGGUACAGACGUGGACUUUUGCAGGAAUAUCGCGAUGACAUCCGUCGACAUGUACAAUGCGUUCCUUAAAACGUUUUAGUUAAUAGC